AUGCAGAGCAUCGCCGCGAAGCUCGACGACGCGUCCGAGUGCAGCAUGCGCCGUCUCACCGCGCGCCUCGAGGACCAGUCCAGAUCCGCGCGCACGGCGCAGUGGCCCGAUCCCGGGCGAGGCAUCGCCGAGGUGGUCCGUGGCGCCCUCAAGGAGAACCAGGCGCCGAAGGGCUACUGCCCUUGGGGCGGCCGGCCCAACGGGGGCCACAAGGAGGGCCGCUCCCUGCAGGAGCCGCUGGUGCGUACGCCCGAGAAGCUGCCUCGACGCUUCGCCGCCGCUGCGCCGCUGCCCUUCUCCGCGAGGACCUGCCUGACCCUCGGCUCCAGGCCGGAGCCCGUUGGCUCGGCGGAGCCUGCCGGCGAGCCCAGCGCACCGCUGAAGCAGCGGCUGGUCAGCAGGAAGCAGAUCGCGAGCGAGGCUGCGGGCUCACAGGGGGUCCAGGCGCAUCUCGACGCCGCCGGCCCCGAGCUGCCGUCGCCACGCCGUGGCGCCGUCGACGCCGGGGCGCCAGCGGCAGCCGUGCCGGGCGCGCGCUGCGGCGAGGCUCCCGGCGCCUACAGCUACGAGGCCCUGGCGGACGAGGACUGCCCCAGCGCCAAGCGCGCGCGCACUGGCGGCUGGCUGCCGAAUCCCCUGCGGGGGCUCUACGCCGCCCUCGGCGGUGCCACCGCUGGGGCCGAAUCGGGCGAUGCCGAUGCCGGCACGCCCGCGGCCGCGGGGCCAGUCGUGGAGGCCAAGGGCCGAGCGGCACCGCCCAGCGCCCCGCCCGCCGCCGCUGGCGCGGGCUCGUGUCUGGCUACAGCGCGCGGCAUCGGUGGGGAGAUACCGGGCCGCCUGAUGGAGGAGAUGGUGCGCGAGCAGCAGGCUGCCGCGUCCCUGGUGUUGUCUCCGGUACGAGGCGGAGACGACGUCGAGGGCCAGAAGAGCCAGCGCUGGGGGUGGCGCUGGUGA